UCUCUCUCUCUCUCUCUCUCUCUCUUAUAUAAGAGUAAAAAGAGUUACUUCUGUUAUAAAGUCAUUCGACCAAGUCCCAUGUGCCUUGUCUCCAACAAGUCUCUUUCUCUCUCUUCUUGAUCUUGGCUCUGGUUCACAUGGUACUUUCCUAAAAAUUUCGUAAUUUUAAGGUUUUUCAUCUCAGAAAAAGUCAGGUGGGUACUAACAGUUCUGUUCGAUCUUUAACUCCUUCAGUUUUCUAACUUAAAUUAUGAUCCCUUAUAAGUAACACAUCAGGUUGUAAAUCCUCUCUCCAUCUCUAUUCAUCCUGUCUGUUAUACGUGUGUGUUGUUCAAUUAACCUAGUCACCGGGACUGAAAAGGUAUGCUAUUAUUUGCUUCUCUGUUGAGUUCUUAAUUAAUCUCUGUUUUCAUAAGUGGCUGCAGCUAUUAGUAGAAUUGGUUUGUUUAUCAGAUAUUAUGCAGUUGAUUUUGCAUAUAAUAUAGGGAUCUUGUUGAAACUGAGUUACAAAAACUAUAUGUUAGGCAAUAAAAGUCUUCACCAUGAUCUUAGAGCUUCUGUUGGAUGAAGGUUUCAGAUGACUCAUGUCUGAAUUUUUUUUUUCUACUUGUAGUUUUGCAAAUCAUUUUAGGGCUUGCAUACAAGUGACAAGAAAUGUACAAGCAUCCAAGACAAGAGAUUGAGGCUUACUCUUUACCUCCUGUUGGGAAUCUUAGGUACAUACCGGUUCACAACUCCCUUAAACGGUUAACAGCUCUGCGUAUGAGGAUACGUCUGGCUCUUGUGUAACUGACGAUUUUAACGACAAGAUAAAGGAACUUGAGACAGUGAUGAUGGGGCCAGACUCCUUGGACUUGGUCUUCACUUACAACGACUCCUCUGAUUCCACGUCGUGUCAAGAGACUAAUAGCUGGAGAUCAACUCUAGAGGCCAUCUCGAGACAUGAUCUAAGGGCUGAUCUUGUUUCAUGCGCACAAGCUUUGUCUGAAAACGAUCUUAUGAUGGCACAUUCAAUGAUGGAGAAGCUACGACAAAUGGUAUCUGUUUCCGGUGAGCCUAUCCAACGGUUAGGAGCUUACUUACUAGAAGGCCUAGUGGCAAAGCUAGCUUCAUCGGGUAGUUCCAUAUACAAAUCACUUAACAGGUUCCCUGAACCCGCAAGCACCGAGCUUCUCUCCUACAUGAACAUCCUCUACGAGGUGUGUCCUUACCUAAAGUUUGGUUACAUGUCAGCAAAUGGUGCCAUCGCUGAAGCCAUGAAGGAAGAAAACAGAGUUCAUAUUAUUGAUUUCCAAAUAUGUCAAGGGAGUCAGUGGGUUACUCUUAUCCAGGCCUUUGCAGCUAGGCCCGGUGGGCCUCCUCGGAUACGGAUAACGGGUGUUGAUGAUACGACUUCAGCUUAUGCUCGUGGAGGUGGGUUAAGUAUUGUAGGGAACAGACUCGCUAAGCUUGCUAAACAGUUUAACGUUCCAUUUGAGUUCAACUCGGUAUCAGUGUCAGCGUCUGAGGUCGAACUUAAAGACCUUGGAGUCCGACCAGGGGAAGCUCCAGCCGUCAACUUUGCCUUUGUGCUUCAUCAUAUGCCUGACGAAAGCGUGAGCACCAAGAAUCACCGUGACCGGUUACUGAGAAUGGUGAAGAGCUUAUCUCCAAAAGUAGUGACUUUAGUGGAGCAAGAAUCAAACACAAACACGGCCUCUUUCUUCCCGAGGUUCAAGGAGACAAUGGAUUACUAUGACGCCAUGUUCGAGUCUAUUGAUGUGACUCUCCCAAGGAAUCAUAAGCAGAGGAUCAACGUGGAGCAGCAUUGUCUAGCGAGAGACCUUGUGAACAUCAUUGCAUGUGAAGGAGCUGAUCGGGUGGAGCGGCAUGAGCUACUAGGAAAAUGGAAGGCGCGGUUUGAGAUGGCGGGUUUCACUUCUUACCCGUUGAGUCCCCUUGUGAACUCCACCAUUAAAAGUCUGCUCAGGAACUAUUCGGACAAGUAUAGGCUUGAGGAAAGAGAUGGAGCCUUGUAUCUUGGUUGGAUGCAACGAGAUUUGGUCGCUUCUUGUGCCUGGAGAUGACACACUGAAAACAUUUUACGCUGUAAUCACAAUCAAUGUGUUUCUUCUACUUGUAUGCAAUUUAGUUGCUCACGUGAAUCUCUUGAAACCGUUAGAAAAUAUUUGAUCUCGACCUUUGUUCUCCUA